UGAACGCUUUGUAGAACAGUCAUGAUGAAGGUCCUAGAAGGAUUUCUUUCUCUAGGUUUGUUGGCUGUUUUUUGGAGCUCCACUAAUGCAGAGCAACAGGACUUCAUGUUACUAGCUGGCCCUCUGAAAACCAGCCAGACUUCACCACCACAUGAAGACAAUGCAUUUAACUGUGGAGGUCCACUGCCUCAACAAUCCAGAUCCUACUUUCAGUUCCUUCAGAGCAAAGGGGUGACCCACUUUAAAGUCCCCCUCUCCUGUCACGAUCCUUCCUCAGGUGAUCCCAACCAGCCACAUGAAGACACUGUGAAGUGCUACAAGAUACUUCAGCAGCAGCUGACUGAAUCAGGCAUCAAACCUCUGCUGGUUCUCCAUCGUUCUGCUGUACCAGAAGACUUCAGAGCCAGAUUUGGAGGUUGGGAAAAUCCAUUACUGGUGCAGAUGUUUGAGCAGUAUGCAGGAUUUGUCUUCACUACAUUUAGGGACCUUGUGGACACGUUCAUUACCUUCAGUCACCUGCACGAGCUACAUGAAGUGCAACUUCAAAAUGCUCUUCAGUGCCAUGCAAAUGUUUAUCGUCAAAUGUUCAUGGCACUUCAUUUGUCUGUUGGGAUCAGAGCCAGUGAUAUUAACUCCAUUUAUCAAAUAGGUACUAAAAUCAUGGCAUAUGUGGAUUUCAUCUCUCUGCACAUGCAGUACAAUUGCAAAUUGAAGACACCUCUUACAGAGGAAUUGAGGAAGUUACAGGUUGGCAGUGGCCAAAAGCCCAUCCUUAUGUAUCAGCUGACAGUCGAAGACUGUGAUGGAAAUGAAGAUCAUUUUCAACCACUUCAUGCAGUUUUUGAAGUUUUACAGAACAAAGAUCUUCACAUCAUGGGCUGUGACAUCACACAUCUAUUUGAGAAGCUAAAUCAGGAAGAAACCGAAAAGAAAAGUUUGCAGAUGCAAAAUACUAAGGAAGUCUCACAUCAGAAAUCAGCUUCUGCAUUCUCAUACCAAAAGGUCUGGGAGAAAUUUAGAAGUCAAACUGAAGCCGAGCGUGAUCAGUUUUUAAGUGGCUCCUUCCCAGUUAAUUUUGACUGGUCUGUCUCCAGUGAGAGUUUCAAAGUGGAGGGUGGAUGGGCUGAACAUGGGAAGGGUGAGACCAUUUGGGACCGAUUUAGCCAUGAAGGCCAUGUCUUUGAAAACCAGACCACUGAUUUGGCCUGUGAUAGUUAUCACAAGGUGGACUAUGAUGUGUAUCUGCAGGGCAUGAAGGCACCUAAUUAUCAGUUCUCAAUUUCAUGGGCUCGUAUUUUCUCCACCGGACGCAAAGAAAGUUUGCUUGAAAAAGGUGUUGCCUAUUAUGACAAGAUGAUUGAUACACUGCUACAAUCCGGCAUUGAGCCCACUGUUACCCUGCAUCACUGGGACCUUCCUCAAGCUCUGCAGGACUUAGGCGGCUGGGAAAAUGACUCUGUUGUGGACGCUUUCAAAGAAUUUUCUGACUUCUGCUUCUCUCAUUAUGGAGACAGAGUCAAAACAUGGAUCACCUUCGGCAGCCCGUGGGUAGUGAGCAACUUGGGGUAUGGAACAGGGGAACAUCCCCCGAGAGUGAAAGACCCAAUAAUCGCAUCUUACAAGGUGACACACAAUAUUCUAAAAUCACAUGCUGAAGCCUGGCAUAUUUAUAAUGAUAAUUACAGAAAACUGCAGGGUGGAAAAGUGGGCAUUGCUCUUAAUUCCGAUUGGGCAGAGCCAAGUAAUCCCUCAAGUGAUCAAGAUGUAGCAGCAGCUGAGCGUUAUCUAAACUUCAUGCUAGGCUGGUUUGCUCAUCCCAUAUUUGUAGAUGGAGACUAUUCAACCGUGUUAAAGGAACAAAUUGAGGAAAAGAAAGCUUCAUGUGGUAAAGAGCUAGCCAGACUGCCUGUUUUCACUGAGGCUGAGAAACAAAGAAUUCGAGGCACAGCUGAUUUCUUUGGACUAAACCACUAUACUUCCCGAAUGAUUAGUGAGAGCUUGAAUAGUUGUGAUGCUGGACAGAAUAAUGUCGGGGACUUCCAGACUCAUAUUGAUCCUACAUGGCCCCCUACAGUGUCUGAUCAGAUCCAGUCUGUUCCGUGGGGUCUUCGGAGAUUAUUGAACUACAUCUCUUUAGAGUACACAUCCAUCACAAAGGUGCCCAUCUACAUCACAGGAAAUGGAAUGCCAACUGAAUACAAUGGUGAUGUGUUCAAUGACAAUAAUCGUGUUGACUAUCUCAAAACCUACAUUAAUGAGGCAAUGAAAGCUGUACUUUUGGAUGGAAUUGAUGUUCAGAGGUUUACAGUCCAGGCUCUAAUGGAUGGAUUUGAGGGUCCUCAAGGCUACAGUCAACGAUUUGGGUUGCACCAUGUGGACUUUGAAGAUCCUGACAGACCAAGAACCCCCAAAGCAUCAGCAUAUUACUACUCAGAAGUGAUUGAGAGAAAUGGAUUUGCAGAGACUACGACAAAGGCUAAGAUGCAGAUGUAUGGAAAUGAAAUUGGAAUCACAAGACUUCCUAGACUGCUGCCAUCUGAAGUUCCUUCAAAAUCCAAGGUUGUUUGGGAAAAGUUCUCCCCUCAGACCAAGUUUGAGAGACAGCUUUAUCACUACGGAACAUUUCCAGAAGGAUUCCUUUGGGGUGUCUCGUCUUCAGCAUAUCAGGUAGAAGGUGGCUGGAAUGCAGAUGGAAAAGGGCCAAGUGUUUGGGAUACUUUCGCUCAAAAACCUGGUAGUAUCCCAAACAAUGACAAUGGUGAUGUUGCAUGUGACAGUUACAACAAAAUAAAUGAGGAUCUACACAUGCUGAGGGCCCUAAAAGUGAAAACUUACCGAUUCUCCAUGUCAUGGUCUCGAAUUUUUCCCAGCGGCUAUAAAUCUUCUCUUAACCAGAGGGGGGUGGACUAUUACAACAGGCUCAUAAAUGGUCUCAUAGCAAACAAUAUCACACCAAUGGUGACGCUCUACCACUGGGACCUGCCACAGGCUUUGCAGGACAUCAAUGGUUGGGACAACCCUGAAAUGAUUAAUAUAUUCAAUGAGUAUUGUGACUUCUGCUAUGCAACAUUUGGAGACAGGGUGAAGUUUUGGAUCACAUUUAAUGAACCCCAGACAAUUGCAUGGUCAGGAUAUGGACUGGGGCAGAUUCCGCCUAACAUGAAGCAACCUGGAGAUGCUCCAUACAGGGUUGCACACAACCUCCUGAAAGCUCAUGCACAAGCAUAUCACACUUAUGAUGAGAAGUACAGGGCAUCUCAAGGAGGUCUGGUAUCCAUUAGUCUGAAUGCCGAAUGGGCAGAACCCCAAGACAUCAAUGUUCCUCGAGAGGUGGUGGCUGCUGAUCGAGCUCUUCAGUUCCAGCUUGGCUGGUUUGCACACCCCAUCUUUAAAAAUGGUGAUUAUCCUGAUGCUAUGAAGUGGCAGGUUGGGAACAAGAGUGAACUUCAAGGCUUAACCGAAUCCAGGUUACCUUCUUUUACUGAUGAAGACAAAGCCUUUAUCCAAGGAACAGCUGAUGUAUUCUGCAUUAAUACAUACACUACCAAAGUUGUGCGUCAUGUGACCAGCAGACUCAAUAUAGAGUCUUAUGAAACUGAUCAGGAUGGAAAAGACAAUGCAGAUGGCUCUGAAAAUACAGCUGUUAAUGAGCAAAAGGCUGUAGCCUGGGGUAUCAGGAGACUUCUUAACUGGUUAAAGGAAGAGUAUGGAGACCCUGAGAUUUAUAUCACAGAAAAUGGUGUGGCUACAGGCACUGCUAUAACAGUUGAUGACACUGAUCGAAUAUUCUUCCUGAAGACCUAUGUUGAUGAAGCUCUUAAAGCGCACAAUCUGGAUGGAGUACGUGUCAAAGGUUACAUUGCUUCCUCUCUAAUGGACUCCUUUGAGUGGCUGAAAGGCUACACUGUUGGCUAUGGGCUUCACUACGUGAACUUUAAACAUUCAAGUCGUCCAAGAACUCCAAAGCGCUCUGCUCACCUCUACUUUGACAUAAUGAGAAAUAAUGGCUUUCCACUGCCAACCGAAGAAGAAAUGUUAUAUGGACAUUUCCCAGAGGGAUUUAUAUGGAGCACAGCAACUGCUGCCUAUCAGAUAGAGGGCGCCUGGAGAGCCGAUGGAAAAGGUCUCAGCAUUUGGGACAAAUUUGCUCAUACUGCUUUAAAGAUAUCGCUGGAUGAAAAUGGUGAUAUCGCCUGUGACAGCUACAACAAGAUCGCUGAGGAUAUCAAUAGUCUCAAAACACUCAGGGUCAACCACUAUCGAUUUUCUAUUUCAUGGCCAAGAAUUAUGCCAGAUGGAACAAACAGUAAAAUUAAUGAAGCUGGACUCAACUACUAUCAUAGGCUAGUAGAUGCUCUUUUGGCAGCCAAUAUCAAACCACAGGCGACUUUGUAUCACUGGGAUCUUCCACAAGCACUCCAGGAUGUUGGUGGUUGGGAGAAUGACACCAUUGUUGAGAGAUUCAGAGACUAUGCUGAUGUUGUAUUCAACAGUCUGGGAGACAAAGUAAAGUUCUGGAUCACUAUAAAUGAACCCUACAAUGUUGCAAUGGUGGGACAUGGCUAUGGAAGUGCAGCACCAGGUAUAAGUUUCAGACCAGGCACUGCACCAUAUAUUGUGGCACACAAUCUAAUCAAGGCUCAUGCUGAGGCCUGGCAUGUAUAUAAUGACAAGUAUCGUGCAAAACACGGUGGCAUAGUUGGCAUCACUAUAAACUCUGACUGGGCUGAACCAAGAAAUCCAUACAAACAAGAAGACGUGGAUGCUGCCAUUCGUGUAGUCCAGUUCCAGAUUGGUUGGUUUGCUCAUCCCGUGUUCAAUGGAGAUUACAGUGAUUUAAUGAAGGACAUUAUUCGAGAUAGAAGUUUAGCAGCUGGCCGACCAAAAUCAAGGCUUCCAGAAUACCCUGCAGAAGUAGCGAGGAUAAAGGGAACACAUGAUUAUUUUGGAUUCAACCACUACACCACUGUCUUAGCCUAUAACCACUACAAGAACCUUGAGCAUUAUGAUGCAGACAGGGGGGCAGGAACAGUUACGGAUCGUACAUGGCUGGAUUCUGGCUCCUUCUGGUUGAAAGUAACUCCUGUGGGAUUCAGAAAAAUUCUAAAUUUCAUCAAGGAGGAAUAUGGACCCCCUAUUUACAUUACAGAGAACGGAGUAUCAGAACGAGGGUCAAUGAAUCUGAAUGAUGUUCACCGAAGCCACUACUAUGAUAACUAUAUCAAUCAGGCCCUGAAAGCGUAUUUGCUGGAUGGAGUAGACAUCCGUGGCUACGCUGCCUGGACACUAAUGGACAAUCUGGAAUGGGCGACGGGUUUUGAUGAAAAAUUCGGCUUUUUCUAUGUAAAUCGAUCAGAUGCUUCAUUACCACGUAUUCCCAAGAAAUCUGUCUGGCACUACGCUACGAUAAUCAACUGCAAUGGCUUCAUAAGUCCAGGAGAAAGUCCACAUGACUGUCAGAUCCAUGAACCUGAUGUUGACAUCCCAGGUACUACUCCUCCAUCUCCUCCUGGUGAGGAACCUUUGGUUAGUUUCUUAGGUUUGGAAGUGUCAGGUCCUGAUGCUACACUGGCUCUAAAUGUCCUCUUCAGUCUCACCGUUAUUGCAGCAGUUGCUGUUGCCCUCUUGGUGUAUGGACUUGUCAAGACAUCUAAGAAAAAAAAACGUCCUGUAGAGGAGUACAUUGACCUUGAGAAGAAGGAUAAGUUCUGAACAUAACACCUGCUUUUCCAAUACAUUAUAUAUCUGUCACAUGUAUAUGAAUUCACUGACAGUCUAUUUAAAUGCAUACAGUAGAUUGUUCAGUUAUGUGUUUUUUAAUGCUUUGCAUCUAUUUAUGUAGAUGCUGAUUUAAAAAAAAAGUCAAGAGAAUAAAGUAAUUCAAUUGUUCAAUUGUCUCUUUUUUACCUCAUUAUAACCAGUAUAAACAACAUUGAACCAA